AUGCCUCGUCCAGCUAACAGAGAUGAAGCACUGAAGCGUCUGCGAGAGACGAUUGCGUCAGGAGAUAUCAUUCUGGGGGCUGGGGCAGGAAUCGGUCUUUCGGCCAAGUUCAUUGAGAAGGGAGGGGCGGAUCUGAUCGUCCUCUACAAUAGCGGCCGCUUCCGCAUGGCAGGACGUGGCUCACUAGCAGGCCUCAUGCCCUACGGUGACGCCAACGCCAUUGUCCUUGACAUGGCAAAUGAAGUUCUUCCCGUCGUGCAAAAUGCCGGGGUCCUCGCAGGCGUUUGCGGCACCGACCCAUUCAGAUCCAUGCCGCGGUUCCUUCGGCAGCUGGUGGAUACUGGUUUCUGCGGCGUGCAGAACUUCCCCACCGUGGGCCUGAUCGACGGCAACUUCCGCCAGAAUCUCGAAGAAACUGGAAUGAGCUACGCGCUGGAGGUCGAGAUGAUUCGGGAGGCGCACCAGCUCGGGCUCCUGACCACGCCUUACGUGUUCGAUGUCGAACAGGCCGUCGCCAUGACGCGGGCGGGUGCCGAUGUACUCGUUGUCCACAUGGGCCUGACUACCUCCGGCAGCAUCGGCGCCCAGACCAGCGUGACUCUGGACGACUGCGUGAGCACGAUUCAGGCGUGUCGAGAUGCGGCUGUGAAGGCCAACCCGGACAUCAUCGUGUUGUGUCACGGAGGACCGAUCGCGCGGGCAGAAGACGCAAAUUACGUCUUGAGCAGAACGAGGGGGGUUCACGGAUUUUUCGGCGCGUCCAGCAUGGAGCGUCUGCCGGCGGAGGUCGCGAUCGAGGAGAACACGAAAGAAUUCAAGAGGCUGAAACCAGGGGUCUAA